AUGCCGUGGAUGAGCGGCGGCAGGCGGCGGCGGCGGGGACAGCCGCGCGAGGCCCCGCGGGAGCAGCCCUUGCCCGCGGCCCCCGCGCCCUCCGCGCAGCCACCCUUGAGGGCCCAGGAGAGCGCCGAGCUGCAGCUGCCCGCCGGCUGGGAGGAGGCGCGCGACUACGACGGCCGCGUCUUCUACAUCGACCACAACACGCGCCAGACGUCGUGGAUUGACCCCCGCGACAGGAUAACAAAGCCGCUGACCUUUGCUGAUUGUGUUGGGGAUGAACUUCCUUUAGGAUGGGAAACUGUAUAUGAUAAACAAGUUGGCAUUUAUUACAUGAACCACAUAAAAAAGCUUACCCAGAUUGAGGAUCCCAGAGAACAGUGGAGGCGGGAGCAGGAACGGAUGCUGAAGGAGUAUUUAAUUGUAGCCCAGGAGGCCCUCAACGCCAAGAAAGAAAUCUACCAGAUUAAGCAGCAGCGUUUCGAGCUGGCCCAGGAGGAAUACCAGCAGCUGCACAAGAUGUGUGAGGAUGACGGCCGCUCGUACGCCAGCUCCUUUUCUGGAUAUUCAACAAAUACUAAGUACAGCCCACUCCAAAUAAAAGCAGAAAUAGCAAGUCAUCAGGACAGGCUUUGCAGAUUAAAACAAGAGCUGACCCAGAUGAAGCAAGAACUGAAGUACAAAGAAAAGGGGGUGGAGACCCUGCAAGAGAUUGAUGGAAAGAUGUCAAGUGCUCACACCAACUACAAACUGGAUGAGGCACAGGCUAUAAUGAGCGAGCUCAGGACCAUCAAAAAAACCAUUUGUACAGGCGAGAAGGAAAGACGGGACCUGAUGCACAGCCUGGUGAACCUUACCAAUGGUUUCAAGAAUUUCUCCUUUAUUACUGACUCUCUGCAGGAUUUUUCUCAGAGUUCGGGCUCACUUGUAGAUUCUCAUUUGCCUCAACAGUUCUGUGAUGCUUCAUCUCAAACGGAUAUCAUUGGAGAGUUUGCCUUUGAUGAUAAAGCAAACCUUGUAGACCAAGUCAGACUUAAUCGGCAAUGUGAGGAGGCCAGAAAGAGAGUCGCAAAUAUCCAGAGGCAGGUGGCCCAGUUUGAGAGCGAGUCCUGGCCGCGCAUGGCCGAGGCCGACAGGGACCGGCUGAAGCUCAUCAAGGAGAAGGAGGCCCUGCUUCAGGAGCUGCAGCUCAUCAUCCAGCAGAGGAGGCCGGCGGAGGACGUGGCCCGGCUGGAGGAGGAGCGGCGGCGCCUGGAGGAGGAGAUCCAGCGCUCCCGGGCCACAUCCGUGCAGGGUGCCACGGAAAGGAUUAUACUUCAGGAAAAAAGAAACUGUCUCCUGAUGCCACUGGAAGAAGCCACCUGACUAAUGUCCUAUCUCCAGUCCCAGUUACAAAGCCUGUCUGCCAGCACCCUGACCAUCUCCUCGGGGAGCAGCCGCGGCUCCCUGGCCUCCAGCUGGGGCUUCCUGAGCUCCGUCAGCUUCACUGACAUCUAUGGCCUCCCUCAGUACAAGAAGCCCGACGCCGAGGGUGGCCCGCUCCUGGACGCCUUCGAAGUGGCGGGCGUGGGCACCCUGGACAGGCUGCGCGCUCAGGCCUCCACCAUGGGGGAAGAAGACCCGCCUGGCGCGGUGUCCCUGCCGCCUCACGGGUGCCCCAGGGACAGAGAAGGACCUCGCGAGCGAGGACCCCAAGCGGCUGCCGCUCCCACGGCUGCAACAGCGACCCCCCAAGAAGACAGCGACGCCCAGAGGCUGGAGCGGAGAGUGCGCUGCGUGUCCGCCUGCCUGUCCGAUUACUCGCUGGCCAGCGACAGCGGCGUGUUUGAACCUCCCACCGAAAGGAGUGAGGAUGCUGACGACCCUGCGCGUGGAGACGCUUGCGGUAACGAGGGGCCCCAGAUCCAUGUUGGAUUUUUGCACGACAGUGCCAGCGAGUGUCUCCUCGUGAACGUGCUCCAGCUGAAGAACUUUGCCGGGCUGGUGGUGAAGGAAGACUGCAAAAUGCACAUCUGCGUCUGUUUGCCUCCGCUUGACCCUGGCACACCAAACACGUUCUGCUCUAAGGCUCUGGAAUUGAAAGCCCCCUUGGUGUUUAAUGAAGUUUGCAGAAUCCCCGUGCAUUCAGACAUGGUGAUGUUGAAGUCACUUCAGUUAUACAUGUGCUCAGUGAAUCCUCAGCUGCAGGAAGAACUGCUGGGCAUUGGUCAGAUUAACUUGGCUGAUUACAGUGGUUCGAGCGAGAUGCAGCUGCGCUGGUACUCGGUGCAGGUGUUCACCGGCCCUGAGCCCCCGUGGCGGGAGGACGAGCGGCUGGGACACAGCGACUCCCGGGACCCUGCGAUACCCCUUUACGUCUUCCCCGGAGCAGCCCAAAAGCAACCGUCUUCAGUCACUGGAAGCAAAUAUUGGGUGUGUCUGCUGCUGUGCUCUGAGUGCAGCAGUAAAGUCAGUGCCCUGAUGAACGUUUUGGGGGCUGUUGCCAUGCCCGCCUUCAGGAGUUGGCAAGCCGACUCGGUGGACAGUGGCUGUAGCAGCUGUGCCCAGACCAGCCCCCCGCACCCAGAGCCCUGCUGCGUUGGUGUCAGCUCCAUCCACGGACACACGUUUGCUGGCCAGGCAGACCCUUACGGCCUGGAGAAACUUCAGCCCCCACCUCUGAAGCUUUAUCGUAGUGACAGCGACAGUUCAAUGCUGGCCCGCAAGUCCCCCCUUGUCCGAAACACUUUGGAAAGACGAACCCUUCGCUAUAAGCAGCCCUGCAGGUCCUCCGUGGCGGCGCUGGCGGCGCGCACGUCCCUGGACCUGGAGCUGGACCUCCAGGCGUCGCGGACGCGGCAGCGGCAGCUGACCGAGGAGCUGUGCGACCUGCGCGAGCUGCGCCAGCGCCUGGAGGACGCCCAGCUCCGCGGCCACGCCGAGCCCCCGGCCUGGCUGCUGCGCGACGAGCGCUUCCGGAGCCUGCUGCGGGAGGCCGAGAGGCAGACGAGACAGACCAAACUUGACUUGCAUCAAGAACAGGCAGCUGAGAAGACGCUGAAGAAGGCCUCCAAAGGGGUGUGCCAGCUGCGCGGGCGGAACCUCAAAGAGCCCAUCCAGCUGGGUGCAGGCGUUCAGAAGAUAACAUUUUUCACGAGACCACGGGCUAACAUACCCCUGCUGCCGGUUGAUGCUGUUUGCUGGAGUAUUUAUCUGCCUAUUUUAUUUCUGCGAAGUUCUAAAAUUGUCUAGCUAAAAUUGUCUUUCAAAUAUGUGUGCAAAGUUAUUAAUAUACAAUUUUUUUUUGAAAGUCUAUAAAUAUGUAUUUUUUGAUAGUGACAGGAGCAGGGCUUGGCUUUUCCUUGUUGUUAAAUUAACAUCUCAAACAGGUUAUUUUAUAAAAGAGUAGCUGUUGUGUGAAGAUUCGACAGUUUCCAUGCUGUUUUCUUUGACUUGAAGGGUGGAAGACAGAAACUCAGGCAAAUUCACUCUAUUGUCAUUUAUUCAUGGUUCUUUUCUUCCUCCUUGAAGGAGAAUACUGACUUUAAGAUGUAUUUUAAGACUGAAACUUGGUUCUUCAGUAUUUGCCAUGUGGUAGAAUGGAUCUUUGGGGCCGGUUUUGUGUUCUGACAUCGGAAAUGCAAACACUAUGUGCUGAACUCGUCACUCGUCCCGUUUCUCCUGUGUGCAUUUAUCAUGUAUAGUGUACACUUUCGCACCCUUUAUGUUCUGUUAAGAUGCCACCUUAGGGGCUCAGUCCUAAGUCAGUGCGGGGUGCGCUUUGCGGAGCUUGGUCUCCCGCGCGGGCUGGGCACCCAUAGCCCCUGGUUUCCGUGCACCCUUCCGUGCCCACCCCGGGUCUGAGGCUGGUCACGGAGCCCCCGGCAGGCACACAGCCCACCCUCACCCGGCCUCGGCAGCCCCGCCUGCCUUUCCAAUCCGCCCCAUCUGAUCCUGACCGACAAGGAGGGCAGUGGUGGAGCUUCUGCUCUGCUGCUCUGCCCUGCAGGAAAGUGAAAAUAGAAGAAGGAAGGUGUGUUUUCACUGAGUCACUGGAUCCGCUGAUGGAUAGAGCAGUCACGACAUGGACACGAUAACCUUUGAAGGCGCUUUCUUGAGGAAGCCAGCUUCCGUGGGAACUACAGCUACCAGGCGAGUCACUCACAGGAGAGCAUGUGCUUUCGCUCAGAAGGCCCCCGCCCCAUGCUGGAGUCUUGCCAACAUUUCUUAAGAAAUCUUAGAACUAGCUCAUGAGGAAAAAUAUUUUUAUUCAAUAAAA